AUGGACACCCCGGAGACAGAGAGAGAGUUCCAGCUCAUCUCGGUUAACAGCCGCGCAUGCGAUGAUAUUCUGAGCUCCGUGAAGAGGAGGGGCCGCUGCGUGGUCGUGUCCGUGCAUGGCCGCGCGCCGGACGAGGGGCAGGAGGGAGAGCAGCAAAUAGUGCAGUCACACCAAACAGGGCAGUCCCAAACAGCGGCGAUAUCGCCGCCCCCCCCCGAGAAACUAAACAGAAACAAAAAGGCCGUAUCUUUCGACGCAAAGCUGCUCUCGAAAAACAGCUCAAUGGAAGAAGAUGGCACCCCAGGGGGAGGCGCAACAGAUUGGGUAAAAAUCCCAACUUUGGAAAAAAAAAAAAGUGAUAUUCUAUUUUUCAGAAAAAAAAAAACAUUCAUAUUUAACGAAAACAGGUAUAACAAAUUUAUAGAGGCAUUCAAACAACAGGAGUUAAAAAAAAUAAAAAAAUUUCAUCAUGUGUACAAAUGGAACGUAGCUGUGGUGAUUCUCUUCAUUUUGUCCAUCUCCUUUGCCCUGAUUGGCUUCUUCAUUUAUUAUGAAUCAAGUCACGUAAUAGAAGUCAACAUUGAUUACGACUCAGGGGAUGAAAUGAAGACCUUUUCCAUCAAGCACGAGAUGAAGCAGCCAGUAUAUGUAUACUACAAGAUAAGUAACUUCUAUAGCAACUUUAAAAACUUCCUCUCAGAUGAAUCGCAAUCCUUGGUUAAUGACAAUAAGUGCAACUAUAUCAAGACGUAUGAGGAUCUCUAUAAAUAUAGAUGCGUUAAUAAUCUGCAGACCCUUCCUGAAAUAAAAAACGAUUUGGGUACUCAUGGUGGGGGUAUCAAUUCAGGAAGCCUAAGCAGCAAGGAAACAUGCGAUGUGAAUUCGAUCCCCGAAGAGCAGAAAGGGAGGAAGGUGUUCCCCUGUGGAUUAGUCUCCGCUUCCAUCUUUAAUGACAAAAUUAGACUUUCCCAAAAUAAGAAAAUCUUCGAUAUUGAUAAAUUCCCUGUUCUGAAUUAUUACGAUUUUUUCUCCUACAUAAAGAAGCACAAAAAAUAUGUCUCAAAUUAUAAGGUCUGGAUUAAUACGUUUUCGCCCGAUUAUAAGAAUUGGUUUCACCCCCCUAUGACUUCUUCGUUUAUUAAGCCUUAUGGAGUGAUUUAUGAAGACCUCCUACCUGGGGAGACAUACAAAAUUGAAUUCACACAGAAUACGUGGCCUGCAAAAGACUGGAAGGCAACGAAAUCAUUCCAAUUAGUCUCCUUGCGAGCUGUAGGAAACAGCGCGUAUGAGUUAGCUUACUCCUUUUUCCUCCUUGCAAUAAUUUACCUCAUCGUCAUAAUCGUUAUUCUAGUUUUGAUAAAAUCGGGAUACUACCGAUUGGGGAAGACCUUUUCCUAUUGUAGAAUGUCGACUGUUAAUAAUGCCACGGAGGAGACCUUUCUUCGAAAGAAGUCCACCAUGAGGAAGAUGGGAGGAGGGGGAGCAGCCACAGCAGUAGGAGCAGUCGCAUCCGCAGCAGGGGGCACGGCAGAAUCAACGCGCCCGCCGAAGGGGGGGGGCCCCUCCCCCGUGGAGCCCGACGCCCAACGCAGCAAGAGGAGUUCCCACGAUAGCAUCUCCAGGGCCCUUGGCGGCCGUCUCCAGUGCCCUUUAAAGCCCAUCGGAGGGAAGGGCCUCUCCUUUGAAACUCUCCCCCCUUUGUGUGUGAGUACCUCUCGGUGUGCGAUCUCCGAUCAUGCCAGCCAUUUUAAAGUUGAAAAGUGUGCCAAGUACGGCAUCGGCCUCAACUAUGGCAGCGUCGUCAAAUGUCGAAGCGGCGUCAACUAUGGCAGCGUCGUCAACUGUGGCAGCGUUGUCAACUGUGACUGCUAUCGCGAUGGCCUUUCGGCCUACACCUCCCAUUUUGCCUUUUCACGUAAGAGGCCCAUCACGGCCAAGGCGUAUUUCCCUACCGGCCUUGUACGCAAAAGUGAGAAAAGCACCAGCUUCACCACGCCCACCAUGUCGUGCUGCGGAAUUAGGCGUAGCCAAGAAUACCUGCUAUCGCUGAACCGACUGGUAGGAAGGAACAGCGGCGUGGUCCGGAUGGGUGGGAUGGUCAGAUUAGUGUCCUCCCUGGGGGCGAGACCCCCGACGGCAGGGGGGGAGGAACCUGCACCAAAUUUACGAAAUGUGGACGAGAGAAGUAAACAUGUGGCGAAGAAACCUAGAGACGCACAGAACCCAAGUGGAGAUGCCGCGAAACAACAUCCACGGGUUGACCCCCCAGCCAGUUUACCAUCCAUCCAAACAGAUGACGACGCAGUGACGAAGGAAAUAUACGACAAAAUAUUGCUGGAACAUAGGCUUCUCCCUGGAGGACGAAGUAGCAGGGACAGCAGGAAAAAAAAAAACGGUGACAUGGUGACGAGUGGGAGAAGUACUACCUCCGAUGAUGUGCAGAAGAGCCCAAUAAACCAAAUGGGCGAAGCGAAACUUCUCUCGUUGGUAAGAAGUCAAUCUGGAGGGAAAAUCCAGAUGAACGAGAAAAAUGAAGAAGUGGAAACAGGCAGAGGCUUCCCAAAUGGGGCCCCCCCAGUAUCGAAGAAACCGCAUGGACUGAUAACACGCAAAGCUAACCACUUGUCUGUUGUGCGGAAAGAAGCGGACACCUCCAUCGAAUGCACACAGGAAAAAAACAUAAAUAACAUGCUGAACUUAACCAAACACAACAACAUAGCUAUCAGUGAGAAGAAAAAAAAUGAUCAUUUUUUUAAAAUCUUUUUUUCCUCCAAAAAGGUGAAAAUAAUAAAGUCACAAAACCACCCCAUUUUUAUCCACCUGUACAAGCUAGCCACGGAUAAGAAAUAUCGAGAAAAGCAACAGAAAAUCUUAUUGACUUCGAAGAAAAUCAUCCUGGAGAGGGAAAAAAAUCACAUUGCACGCAUUUACACGAACAGCAUUGAAAAUUUGAAGGAUUUUCGCUGCUUUGACAAUUUUAUACUUUUGUCCAACAAACUACUCAAACGGCUUGCCUUUCUUUAUUCUUUUAAAAACGGCGUCCUAGCUGAAGUCGCGCACACGUUCCAGUACGAUGACGUGGGCCUCCCCCGCCUGGCCCUGUGCUUCUACGAGGUGAACCGCGGGGGAGGGAGAAGUGGAAAGAGCGGCGUAGAAGCGGAGCACUCAGGGGACGGGGAUCCCCCCAAUGUUGCGACCCACUUCUUUCCUAGAACAACCUCCCCGCCGCUGAUAUCCACUGAACUUCUCUGCAACGGCGACAUUGGGACCCUCAUCCGGAGCUGCUUCCUGCUCAAGUGGCAGUGCGUUUUUAACGUGGAAGGACUGGGCCAUAUGCAGAGGGGGAAGGGCAGCAAAGUAGUAUCACCAACGGGGGAGAAGACGGAUUGGCCGAAUGUAAGCACUCCACGUGGUGCUAUCCGGAAGAAGCCAAACAUAAGCGACAUUUACAACAUCGACUUCUUCCACCCUCUGACGAUGCGCGCCUCGGCGGGUCAUCUGCUAGACAUCCCCUACAAGAGAGUAACCUUCACCGAGCUCCACAAAUAUGCACGAGAAAAUAAAAUACUCCUCCUUAAGUACAGCAUCGGGGGGACGGAGGGAAGAAAUCAGGACCGCCAACAGGAAAGCGUCUGCGACGAUGGAGGCGAUCUGUAUGUCCACUACGGUGGAAGCCGUUCCGAGGAAGUGAAGCCUUUCUUAAAUUUGUUGGCCAAAGCGAAAGGGGUAUUUCUCCUCCUUGACAACUGCAACAACAUUGAGAAGGAUCACCCGGUGGUGCACAACAGCUAUGUGCACAUUGGGCCAAACAUUGCCCCCUCAAAUGACGACAGAACCUUCGACCGAGUUUACUAUGUCAAAUUGGUAAACAAUGGAGAGAAGCCCCUGGGCGUCGUCGAGGCGUAUUCGAUUCUGAUGUAUAUCCUCAAGGCGAGCUUCUUCCAACACAUCCCGCAGUCGUGUUACGUGUGCGCGGAGUGA